GUCUGGUGUUGAGGAUAAGGGGUUGUUAAUACGAGUGGGGCUUUGGGCGUUUGAAAUUGAGGCUGGGCUUGGGUGAAAUUGAUGCAGUGCGGUGCACCCGUUGCUGAACUUGUUUCAUCAGGGAUGAAUGUGACUAUGACCAAUGCCAAGGGAAUUAUUACAAGGGAUUCUCUUUUGCUCAUGCCCAACUCUUUAUCUUCUCUUAGUUCCCUUCAUUCUCUUCAGCAGUAUGGUAGCAGUAAUAUCAGAGUUCCUGUGAAAAUCAGAAUUCAACAAGAGAAGUUUUGUCAACGGGCACUAACCAUCAGGAAUGAAGUGCCACAAAAUGCUGAUUUUCCUCGGCAGUAUUCAAGAAAAGAGAAGAAACCUUUUCCGGUUCCCGUUAUAGAACUGAGACGAGCAGCUAGGGAGAGGAUGAAGAAGAUGAAAGAUGAGCCAAGAAAACCGAUGCCGGCACCUAAGAAUGGGUUGCUUGUGAAGAACCUUAUAUCAACUGCCUAUAACGUGUAUAAUGCUAGGACAACUUUGAUUAACAAUCUGAAGAAGCUGCUCAAAGUAGUGCCUGUGCAUGCUUGUGGGUGGUGCAGUGAAAUCCACGUAGGACCUGUUGGGCAUCCAUUCAAGUCAUGUAAAGGCCCACAGACCAACAUCCGCAAGGGCCUUCACGAAUGGACGAAUGCACAUGUUGAAGACAUAUUAAUACCAGUUGAAGCCUAUCACCUAUUUGAUCGUCUUGGAAAGAGGAUUGCUCAUGAAGAGAGAUUCUCCAUCCCUCGAAUUCCUGCAGUGGUUGAGCUCUGCAUUCAAGCCGGUGUCGAAAUUCCAGAGUUUCCCACAAAAAGGAGAAGAAAGCCUAUCAUCCGCAUUGGGAGGAAGGAAUUCAUUGAUGCAGAUGAAAGUGACCUACCAGAUAAAGUUUCAGAGGGCCCUUUGAAACCAUUACUAGCUGAAAUACCUGAUUCAGAAAUAGAAGCUCCACUAGAAAAUGAAGUAGCCCCCCUGGCAGAGGAAACUCUCCAAGCAUGGGAAAGAAUGAGGAAAGGUGCUAAGAGACUAAUGAGGAUGUACAAUGUGAGGGUCUGUGGGUAUUGCCCUGAAAUUCAUGUUGGCGCCCGCGGCCAUAAAGCUCAAAACUGUGGAGCACAUAAGCACCAACAACGCAACGGGCAGCAUGGUUGGCAGUCUGCAGUUCUUGAUGAUUUGAUCCCACCAAGGUAUGUAUGGCAUGUUCCUGACAUAAAUGCGCCGCUGGAACGAGAGCUUAGGAAUUUUUAUGGGCAGGCACCUGCAGUGGUUGAAAUAUGCAUUCAGGCUGGUGCUGCCUUACCAGAACAAUAUAAAUCAACCAUGCGGCUGGAUGUGGGGAUCCCAUCAAAUUCGAAAGAAGCUGACAUGGUAGUUUGAUAUGAAAUGCUCUUAUAGACAAAUCCCAACUUUUGAAUAUAGUGUAAAUUGUGUCAACUGAAUGAAAUGAUAAUUUAUUCAAUACAAGAACAGGAAUAUCAUCAUAUUGGUUUGUUCU